AACAGUAAACUGUCAUUUCGUGGGGCCUGCUGAAACAGUUUCACAAUGUUUCGCUCUCUGGUGCUGCUGGCUGUGCUGGCUGUGGCUUGGGCUGAGAUAGAUCCUUUGGAAAAAUGUGAUCGUAAAGUUGACUUGGCUAUUGUCGGAGCUGGACCGUCAGGGGCGUACUUUGGUUACAUGAUGAGGAAGGCUGGUCUUAAUGUGGAAAUCAUUGAGUACACUGAUCGAGUAGGUGGGCGCCACAAGACUGAACGCUUGCCUGGGCUAGAAAAUGUCCCAAUAGAUCUCGGCCCCAUUAUGUACAGUGACCUUCAUCAGAGAAUGAAGACAAUCAUCCAAGAACUUGAGCUUACAGAAGAACAUUUCCCUAGCGGCUGGACAGUUCCAGAAGAAACACGCUACGUACUGAAGGGACAAAGUUUCACAGAGAAAGAGAUUCAAGAUGGCGCUCCACUCCCAUACCAACUGACCAAAGAAGAGAAAGACAAUCAAGGUCGCCUAGCUCGUUACUAUCUGGAGAAAUUGACCAGUUAUACUGGAAGUGACAUGCCGCCCAAUAUUAGGAUGCAUCUUAGAGUUCAGCUACAAGACAGUAGAGGACUCCAAUAUAAACAUCUGUAUCAAUACAAUCUCUCUGAAGCUCUUGAUCUUGUGGCCAGCAAAGAUGGUAAGGAACUAUUUAUGGCUUUAUCCAAGCGCAAGGGAGCUGUGUACAAAGACGUCAACGCCGUGCUGGCUUUUAGCAAUCAUUUCAACUAUGACAGCAACAAUGCAACUAGGAAAAGAAUUCAGCAAGGAAUGGAAGCACUGCCAAGGACGUUAAUGAAAAAGUUUUUAGAUGAAAGUUCAAAACACAAGUUAAGUUUGAACAGAAAAUUGGACGCCAUAGCUGGCCGUGAACUAUUUGACUAUAUCAUGAGAUUGAAACAGACUGAGACCAAGGAUGGACGUACUUAUGAAAUUGGACCAGAAGAAUUUGUUUGUGCCAGUAAAAUUGUCUUAGCCCUUCCAGCGAGUUCACUCAAAAUCAUCCAAUGGGAGCCAUUAAAAUCUAGCCUGGUCUCUGAAGCCCUUGACUCAGUCAGAUCUGUGCCAGUUAGUACGGUGGUCAUGACCUUCAGUCAACGUCACUGGCAAGACAACCCAAACAAAAAAGCCAGUGUACUUUUCACGGAUGAAUCAAUUAGUCAGGUAGUAGAACUGGGUCAAUCUCCAGACUCUAGGGCUUACGUCCUGCAGGCCAGCUUCGCCGAGGGAGAUAGAGUCAGAGACCUAGAAACCUUGAACUUGUACAAAUCUGCCGGCAGUUCUCAGCUUGGAGAAAACCAAGUUUCACAGGAACUCAGCGACCACAUCAUUACUAAGUUGAGCUCCGUCUUCGGGACCCAGUUUAGCAAACCUUUGAGCUCCAUGGGCGUAUUCUGGACCAAGUAUCCCCAAAGCGGUGGCCAGACUGUCUGGAAAGCUAACCGACACUAUGACUUGGUCAAGAGCAUUAUUGAGCACCCGUCAAUAGAAGAUGACGUCUACGUCGUGGGCAGUGACUUUGCUUGGGGCAACUUGCAGUUCUGGACAGAGGGAUCCUUGGAGACUGUUGAAAAUGUUUUGUUUAAAUACUUCGUAUAGAUUGACAGCGCACUUUCAUCUGAUAAUACAAAGUAUUUAUUGCAGAGUUUAGUUAUUGUAAAAUGUUGUAGCUCCAAUUAAAAAAAUGAUUAUAUUGCUUUAAAAUAAAGAAAGAGUCUACUAUG